GUGACUCACUCUCAAAUCUCACUCUUCUUUUUCUCUCUACGAUUCAAUGUUAAAUUCCCGUGCAAAUUGUUACCCAAUCAUGACGUCCCUCUCCCGGCGGUUUCCCGCCGGCGCCACCGCCACCGCCUUGGCCUAUGGUGGUCUCCGUCUCAGUCGUCCGGCGAGAACCACCGCGAUUUGCAUGGUGCGAUACGGUUUUCGGUCAGAGCGACGGGGAAUCGCGCUGCGACUGCCGCCGCCGGGGCAGGAACAUGGCGGCGUGUGGGAGAGAUCCGGCGUGAAGGAAGAGGCCAAGAAGGCGGGGCCGUGCUCGUGUGCGGUCGGGGAAUUGGCAGGGGAGAAUGGGCGUAAAAGCGUGAAUCGGGCGGCGGAGGUGGCGGUGGCUGCCGGGCUGACGGUGGUGAUGGGCGUCGGGAACAGAGUACUGUAUAAGCUUGCAUUGGUUCCUCUGAAGAACUACCCUUUCUUCCUUGCUCAACUAGCUACUUUCGGAUAUGUAGUUGUAUACUUUUCUAUUUUGUAUAUCCGGUACCAUGCGGGCAUUGUCACUGAUGAGAUGUUAUCCAUGCCAAAAACUCCAUUUUUAGUUGUUGGUCUCUUGGAGGCACUGGGUGCUGCCACAGGAAUGGCAGCAGGAGCAAUGCUAUCUGGAGCAUCAAUUCCAAUUUUGUCUCAGGCUUUUCUUGUGUGGCAAAUUCUCCUUUCAAUUAUUUUUCUUGGGAGGCGAUAUAAAGUCAACCAACUACUUGGAUGCCUUCUUGUGGCUAUUGGUGUAAUUAUUACUGUAGCAAGUGGAUCUGGUGCGGGGCAUUCAUUGAAGGAAGCUGGUAUAUUUUGGAGUCUUUUAAUGAUAGUUUCAUUUUUAUUCCAAGCAGCUGAUACGGUUCUGAAGGAAGUAAUCUUUUUGAAUGCAAGCCGAAAACUGAAGGGAGGUUCUUUGGAUCUGUUUGUUGUCAAUUCCUUCGGAUCUGCAUUCCAAGCACUAUUUAUAUGCCUCCUCAUCCCCUUCUUAUCAAAAUUAUGGGGCAUCCCCUUUGGUCAACUACCAACCUAUCUUAAAGAUGGUGCAGCCUGCUUUCUGAAUGUUGGGACGCUGUCAAGAGGAUGUGAUGGAGCUCCUCUGUUGCCCUUGUUGUUUAUCAUUGUCAACAUGGGCUUCAAUAUCUCAUUGCUUCAUCUCCUCAAAAUCUCGUCAGCUGUUGUCUCUUGUCUAGCUUCCACAUUUUCAGUCCCAAUAGCUAUCUAUGUGUUCACACUGCCAUUGCCAUACCUUGGUGUUGGCUCUUCACUUCCAGCAGGCUUCAUUGCAGGGGCCAUCGUUCUCGUCAUGGGAUUACUCAUUUAUGCAUGGACCCCUUCAAAUGGUUCCACCAAUGCAGCUUCCACAUAGAGAAGCUAGCAGGGUUUGAAUCUUAAUAGCUACACCAUUGCCCCAAGCCCAAGGGAUGGGUUGCACCAAGCCCGACAGCAAAUGGUACAACAAAUACUCAGGUCCACUCUUCCUUGAUUGAUGAUCACAAGAUGGAGAUGUGAAAAUGAUGUAAUUUUUGCUUUAGUAAGUUGCUAGUCCCAUGAAGAAAAGUAUACAGAAGGUUAAAUCGU